UGUAUGGGCGUCACAGGCGCUCCUGAUAGUAGGAGGAGAAGUUCGGUUAGAGAAGCUCCUCAGUAAUCGCACACACGGUUUAGUGUCAGGUAACCUGCUCGCCAUGGCAAACCGCUAUCUCUCAGUCCUGCUCGUGCUGAUCCUGCUACUCCUUCCGCUGCCGCACGGUCCGGCGCGCGUGGCGGUUGCUGCGGAAUACUCCAAAACCGACUUGGACUACGAGUUCGGCGACUACAGGGGGAAGUGGUGUAUCGACGACCACGGCUUCGUGUACAGCAUCGGAGAGGUUUACUACCCGAGCCCUACGUCGUGUCCAUGCACAUGCACCAUCGACGGCCCAGUAUGCGUCCGACCCAAGUGUCCUCGCAUCCACCCCCGGUGCACGCGGAUCAGGUAUAAAGCGUGCUGCCCGGUGUGCGAGGCUAUGGCCAGAGUCUGUGUCUACGGAGGCAAAACAUACAGGCUGCUGGAGGAGUUCAGGCUGUCAAGGUGUGAGCGAUGUCGCUGUGAGCCCAACAGAGAGGUGUACUGCAGCAUUUCAGAGUGCCCAGCCCCACACUGCGUUAACCCCACCUACGAACCCAACCACUGCUGCCCCAUAUGUAAGACCGGUCCCAACUGUUUUGCUGGGAACAGGGUGAUCCCAGCAGGGGAGCGUGUGAAUAUUGACGAGCGAACAGUAUGCUACUGCACCUACCGGGAUGGGACAUGGCACACCCACCCCCAUGCCACCUGUGAACAGCGCCCACAGCCCAGCCCAACACAGAGCACCCACACUGAGGCCCCCAGCGACAAGGACAGCAAAGGGAAGGGAGGGAGGCCAUUUAUUCCCAGACUGGACGUAAUACCUUGAAUUUUAAUUUGUUAGAUAAAUUUAUCAGAGGCAGAGUCACUCUUGAGGUACAAAUCAACUCAUGAGUCUGCUAAACUUCAACUUUUAGAGCACCACAUAAAAUGUAUUGUUCAGAAUCUAGCGUAAUUAUCCAAAUAGAACAGCUUCCCCAUAUGGAAAAGAUAUAUAUAAAUCUUAUAAA